AUGCCCUUGAAAACGCCACUUAGCACUGUGUCUCUGCAGCCCGUACGAGCCUUGAUCUCCAACUGUGUCAUCAAGCGAGAGCAGGAGAGAUGCAUGGAGAGGAUCGCGCUUCACGACCCAGCACAGGACCAGGAGUUCGGCUGCCAGACAGAGCAAAAACAGUCGGUGUUGCUGUGUUGUCUUUCAGGUUGUGCUUGGGAGUGGGAUAACCUGACGUGUUGGGAGGCGACGAGCGUGGGCGACAUCGUGGUGGUCAGCUGCCCCGAGCUCUUUGAGUUCAUGAGCCCUGAGGAACGUCUGGGGAAGAUCAGUAGGAAUUGUACAGAGGACGGUUGGUCAGAGCCUUACCCACAUUACGUGGAAGCUUGUCUGUCUGAGGAAAAUGCCACCAAGCCGGAUAUGUACUAUGCAUCAGUGAAGGCUCUGUACACUGUGGGUUACAGCACGUCUCUGGUAUCCCUCACCACCGCCAUGGUCAUCCUCUGCAGGUUCAGGAAGCUGCACUGCACCAGGAACUUCAUCCACAUGAACCUGUUCGUGUCGUUCAUCCUGAGAGCCAUCUCUGUCUUCAUUAAAGACGGGGUGCUGUAUGCCGAGGAGGAUAGCGACCACUGUUUUGUCCACACGGUGGCGUGUAAGACGGUGAUGGUGUUCUUCCAUUACUGCGUCAUGUCCAACUACUUCUGGCUGUUCAUCGAGGGCCUGUAUCUCUUCACUCUGCUGGUGGAGACCUUCUUCCCUGAGAGGAAAUACUUUUACUGGUACACCCUCAUUGGCUGGGGAACUCCAACUAUUUGCGUGACUAUAUGGGCGGUUCUGCGGCUGCACUUUGACGACUCUGGUUGCUGGGAUAUGAAUGACAACACUGCCCUCUGGUGGGUCAUCAAGGGACCUGUUGUGACUUCAAUUAUGAUUAACUUUGUGCUCUUCAUCGGGAUCAUCAUCAUCCUCGUCCAGAAGCUGCAGUCUCCAGAUGUCGGAGGGAACGAGUCUAGCAUUUACCUCAGCUGUGCUCAGAAAUGCUUCAGUGAGCCCGCACAGGCUGUCCAGCAUUCGUGCAGGAUGUCAGAGCUUUCUACCAUCACCCUGAGGUUGGCUCGCUCCACUCUGCUGCUCAUCCCUCUGUUCGGGAUCCACUACACAGUGUUCGCCUUUUCCCCUGAAGAUGUCAGCAAGCGGGAGAGGCUAGUGUUCGAACUCGGACUCGGCUCUUUCCAGGGCUUCGUGGUGGCUGUGCUGUACUGCUUCCUGAACGGCGAGGUGCAGUCAGAGAUCAAGAGGAAAUGGCGCAGCUGGACGGUGAACAGGUACUUUGCUGUGGACCUGAAGCAGCAGCGUCACCCUUCGCUAGCGAGCAGCGGUGUGAACGGGGGGACGCAGCUUUCCAUCCUAAGCAAGAGCAGCUCGCAGAUCCGCAUGUCCAGCCCCCAGGCCGAGAGUGCCACCCUCAACCUGCCAACCUGAACGUCUGAUUGGAUGAGCCAGCUCUAAAUCCGCCCCUUAAAUCCGCCCCCUUCUGAUUAAACCCUACUCUAGCCGUGGGGUCUCGCUCCCUGGACAGGCCGAAGAGGCUCUCUAAUUAUCAAUACUUUUCAAUACAUUAAUGAAAUAAAUAGAUGAUACAUAACACAUAAACUAAGCUUUUGUUAGAAAAUUUGCUACAUUAAGAGCAUCGUUGUUAGUCAAGGAUGGACGUGCUCAAUUAUAUUUUUGAAGAUUUCUGACAGAUUCACUUCAACGCACGUUGCUCAUAUUUGGUGCAGAAUAUUUCAACGUUCUGUCCAAUCAGAUGGGUAGAACAUCUGAUCUCAGACGACCCACAAUCCAUUUCAGUCUUGGAGCAUUUCGCAGCCCAAGCGGGUUAC